AUGACACGAAGUCAGCAGAUGGACGAGCUCCUGGACGUGCUGAUUGAGAGUGGAGAAAUCCCAGCCAACGCCAAGGAAGAUCGGUCCUGCCUGCAGAAGGUCCCUCAGAUCAUGGUGUCUCCAGGGAGCUCGGGCGCCUCUGUGCCCAAGGGCUCUGCCCCGUUCGAGCCGGGCUCCUCGGCCCCGCUGCCCUUCGAGCACUGCCCGGGCAGCAGCGACGCCCACCUGGAGGUGCUGCUCAAUGCCCACAGCCCCCUGGGCAGGGUGGGCGAGAUGGCCCUGCUGAAGAUGGGGGGUGAGGAGCCCCACUUUGAGGGGAUGAUGGAGGGGUUCUCCGGCAAGGCUGCGGACGAACUGCUCAACUCCCAGGAGAUUUUACAGACUCCCCUGUCGCCCAUGGAAACCCAGCUGUCCCCUUCCCCUGCCGAGGGCUCCGCUUUACAGAUGAGUUUCACCGAGUCUCCGUGGGAAACAAUGGAGUGGCUGGACCUCACGCCCCCCAGCUCGGCCAGCGGCUUCAGCUCGCUCACCCCUGCGGGCCCCAGCAUCUUCAACAUCGAUUUCCUGGAUGUUGCCGACCUCAACCUGAACACCAGCAUGGACCUGCACCUGCAGCAGUGGUGAAGGGAC